CUUAAUUACUCUCAGAGCAGUUUGUGUCAGUCCAAAGUUCAAAUCAGCUCAGUACGCUGUUAGGUACAACGAUUCUAGUAACAUCGAACAAAAAACUAUCGUCUAGUGAGUAAUCAAGAUAAAAAAACAUCAUACGAUAAUCGAUUUUGUAAGAUAAAAACAAUCGAUGUCAAAAUAAUCGAAGUGAUAUCACCCAUCCCUACUGUCAAUUGCGUUCAAAGUUAAUAAUUGCUCGUUAUCUCACGUGCGGUAAAAUGCCAGACUUUAACUGGCGUAUCGUGCUGCUUGUUAUCUGUUGCGUAUCAUUCGGCCACGCCCUGGAGUGUUACGUUUGUACAAAUCAGGAGGGUAAUCAAGACAAAUGCCUAAAUACUAUCAAAACCUGCGAACAAGAUCAAGACGUCUGCUACACGGAAAUCAAAUGGGGAAGUACGCCAUAUUGGUCACAGGGUGCAAAGAAACAAUUUUAUGUCUCUAAAAAAUGUUCUACCAAAAAGGAAUGUGAAAGGCUACAGCGUAAUAAUAUGCCUGACUGCACGCAUAUAUGGUAUCAGGACUGGAAGUGUUCAGAUUGUUGUCAGGGUGACAGGUGUAAUUAUUAUGUUAUACUGUACAACAUGAAGUGGAAAUUUAGCAGCGUGUACAAGGCAUUUAGCCGCAAGAAGAUGAUGGAUGUCACCAUGGACACGCAGCUAGCACGGUAUUUGUCAGCUGUCGAUCUCACGGCCUUGGGAAUCGGCGCUACCCUGGGAGUGGGUGUCUACGUCCUGGCAGGAUCCGUUUCAAAGUCCACUGCAGGUCCCGCGGUGGUGAUUUCAUUCGCUAUCGCCGCGGUAGCAUCGAUGUUUGCAGGUAUCUGUUAUGCCGAGUUCGGCGCGCGAGUACCACGAGCUGGAUCCGCGUACGUUUACAGCUAUGUCACGAUGGGCGAAUUCGUGGCGUUUAUCAUCGGCUGGACUCUGGUUUUGGAGUAUGUAAUUGGUGUAGCCAGCGUGGUGCGGGCCCUCAGCGAGUACAUCGAUACGCUGUCCAAUAACACGAUGAAGAACGCCUUUACGUCAGCGGCGCCGAUCAAUGUUGAAUACAUGUCAUCGUACCCGGACUUUUUCGCUUUCGGCAUCACCUUGGUAUUUGCAGCUGCGGUUGCCUUUGGAGCCAAGGAAUCCUCGUUCGCGAACAAUAUCUUCACCCUAGUGAAUCUCGCGGUCGUGCUCUUCGUCGUGAUUGCUGGAUCCUUCAAAGCUGACAUUAAUAACUGGAAAACAAAACCCGAGUGCACGAAGAAUAAUUGCCCCUAUGGAACCGGCGGAUUCGCUCCUUACGGUGUAUCAGGCAUCAUAGCCGGAGCAGCAAAAUGCUUCUACGGAUUCAUCGGUUUCGAUUGCGUGGCUACCACUGGAGAAGAGGCCAAAAACCCGCAAAGAUCCAUUCCAAUUGCCAUCGUGGCCUCGCUGUUGAUUGUCUUCUUGGCAUACUUCGGCGUCUCAGCUGUGCUCACCACCGUGCUGCCUUAUUACGAACAAAAUGCCAAAGCACCGUUCCCACAUAUGUUCGAUAAAGUAGGAUGGGAGUGGGCGAAAUGGCUUGUAUCGGUCGGCGCGAUAUGCGGACUUUGCGCCAGUUUGUUAGGCUCAAUGUUUCCGCUGCCGCGGGUGAUCUACGCCAUGGCUUCGGAUGGGUUGAUAUUCGCGUGGAUGGGUAAAAUAAGCUCACGAUUCCAGACACCGCUGAUGGGCACGUUCAUAGCCGGACUUUUCACAGGUGUUCUAGCGGCGGUCUUCGAUCUGGAGCAGUUGAUCGACAUGAUGAGUAUCGGCACGUUACUCGCGUACUCGAUCGUUGCAGCUUGCGUGCUUAUCCUACGAUACGAAGAGAGUGAAGAGUAUGAGAAAAAAGGUGAUCGUGAUCCGAGGACGUUCGUAUUCAUCAUCAAGCAAUUAGUGAAUGCGAAUAAAUUGAGGUACUCCACGAAACUCACCGCGCAGAUCGUUACUGCUCUCGUGCUUUGCUACGUCAUCCUGUGUAUCUGCAUCUCUCUUCUCAUAUCGAUGUGCAGCACAGAGAUCGGUGCCGGUAAAGCGAUAUUCAUCGUGCCACUCGUAAUACUGGCCGCUGCGCUUGUAGUUACGCUCUGCUUUAUGUACCUUCAACCAGUUUCCGGCAAGAAGCUUUCGUUUACGGUGCCGCUAGUGCCAUUUUUACCGGCAGUCAGCAUCCUUUUCAAUAUUUAUUUAAUGAUGAUGCUGGACUCACUGACAUGGAUACGAUUCGCCGUGUGGACAGCAAUUGGUCUGUGCAUAUAUUUCUUUUACGGCGUAUGGCACAGUAAUAUACGACAAAGAAAAUUGGCAACAAAGGUAACCGACAGUAACGGCGAAUGGAGAAGCGCUGAUAGCUAAAGUGUCACUACGUAAUGAGACAAGAAUAAAUACAUCGCAAGUGUCAACAUAUCUCGUUAUAUUUCACUUUAAUUUAUUAAUUAGACUGUAAUGUUGAUCAAUAUCGUAUAAGCUUUAAAAAUAAGAUAUUACAUAAUAACGUAAAUACGAUAUAAGUUCACAAAGUAUUACCUACACCUACACAAAUUCCAAUUUGAGUUUCUUCGAACAUUAAUAGUGUUAAAAUAUACAAGUGGAACUUUAACAACCUUGUUAAAAAUGUAAAAUCUAUACGCACUAAUCUGUAUUAUUGAUAAUUAAACUGAAUAAGUUUAUUCGCAUUUUAAAGAGAAAAAAAAAAGUUGAGAAUGGACAUAUUAAUCAUAAGAAGUUAAGUUACAAUUAUCCUAACA